AUGGCCCCAACACGCAACAAGGCAAGCAAGAAGGCCAAGACGGUAAAAGCCCCCAAGACCAUCAACAAGAAGGCCACCAACAAGAAGGCUGCAAACAAGAAGACCGCCAACAAGAAGACCGCCAACAAGAAGACCGCCAAUAAGAAAACCGCCAAUAAGAAGACCGCCAACAGGAAGACUGCCAGCAAGGCUCCCCUUCCUCCUGUCGAUAUUAACAAACUUUUCCCACCCUGGGGCUCUGAAGAGGCGCUGAACCAGACGGCAAACAAGGAAGCUACUGAUAUCAUUUUAGCCGUGUACCAUGACAUUAAUGUCUACUGCAACCUUGAGAGACUUGCGAAAGAGAAAGUUUGCGGUUCUCUCGAGACGUUCUACAACCUGCUUUUCUUCACAGAAGGAUUCGUGGAGCGGGAAAUCGGCUACUACAUCUCCUGCGUGGAAUCCUUCAAGGCGGAACAUGGUGAGUUCCAACCUGUCACACCUAACAGCAGAUUCUUAGAGUUUGUUACUGCACUCGGAUGGAAGAUGUUUGCUAUCUGUUCCCAUGCCGAAGCAUUCCGACGAGGUAUCAAAGAAGCCGACGAUAGGACCUGGGCGUGCCUGCUCGAGAAGAUUCAGGAAAAUUUCUUGAGUAUUGAACUUUAUGCACACAGCCGUACUCUGAAGUGGCGUAACAUUCUCUGGGCCCAUCAGGGUUAUCCCAUCCUAGGCCUGCCAGAUAUGAAGGCCGAAAUUGAGGCAUACAUGGCCUGGAAAGUCGACCACCCCCACCACACCGUCAUCACGCUCGACGGCAAAUUGAAGGAGCCCACAUACAAGGGCAAGUUACAGCAGCACAUUAACGAGAGUAUCUAUGAUCCCAAGAAGUGGCGUGGUCGAAAACAAGACCCGACGCUUCGCCAUAUGCCCAACGGUAGUUCGACCAACGUUGGACGCGAAUGCGCUCUAUGUGGUAGUCCCAUUUCUUGUGAUUGCCGCUUGACAUCUCGCGCAGGAGAACUAGUUGAGCUGAGAGAAUACCCCAAUACCGGUACUGGUGUUCGAGCGUUGACGAGAUUCAUGCGCGGUGAUAUUCUCGAUAUAUUUAUGGGCGAGCUUCUUCCCAAUUCCGUAGAGGAGGUCUAUCCUCUGACACAAAGCGAGGAUAAAAUCGAUGCAAAGCCCGGUAUAGCCCGCAAUUUGUGCACAAUUUGCCCCCAUCAGCUUGGCAACUGGACCCGUUAUAUCAGCCACUCGUGCCGGCCUUCGACGCAGUUCACGACUCGGACCAUUGGAGACCGAGUUGUGUGCACGGUUGAGGCCGUUCGUGAUAUUCUGCCAUUUGAAGAGAUCACUGUUGGCUAUGGUGAUAGCGGGAUUUUCACGGGGCUUGGCCUAAGAGGCCGUACAUCCUGUCGGAAGUCUGUGUUUGGACGAAAGAGAGUCCUUCAGCAAGCAUUCUUGGUCAAGAGAGGACUACUGACAGAGAGCUAUGCGCGGGGGCCAUCAGGUCCUCCCUUGAUUGAGUCCACAGUUGGGGACCAUUUCGCCAAGGUUGUUGCGGAAUGCGGAGACAGAACAGCUGUUAUCUCGAGACAUCAGAAUGAUCGAGCAACCUAUGCCUCCCUAGACGCAAGAAGUAAUGCUCUCGCCCGGGGGCUAGAAUCGGUGGGCGUUGGGAAGGGGGAGCGGGUUGGAGUCAUGCUUGGGAACUCGAUGGAAUAUGCUGUGGCGACGUACGCGUUAUUCAAACUUGGUGCCAUUUUGGUUCCGCUGAAUCCGUCUUUCAAUACUGCACAAGUGAUUGCGGCCCUGGGUCACCUGCAAUCAAGUCACCUUUUAAUCAGCACAGAGUCCAAUCUGCCCCGAAAAAAACCACGCAGCAAUGUUCCCUUACUCGAUGACCUUGUUGAGGACCUUCACAAGUCAAACUUGGAGUCCGCAUUAGUCCCUUCUCUGAAGAAUAUCUUUAUGAUCGACAACUCUGAAGGCCGCGUGGAUAUAUCUUCCUAUAAAAGCUUGACCCCGUAUGCAUCAAUUAUGUCCCAACUUAAUGCAGACCGCCGUCCGCUUCCUCCUCGAAAUCUCUCGCCGGACGAAACUGUGAAUAUCCAGUUCACGUCGGGAACCACAUCAAUGCCCAAGGCAGCAUGCCUCACCCAUCGCUCUAUCUUGAAUAACGGAUCUCAGAUCGGUGAUCGCAUGCUUCUCACGCCGAAUGAUAUUGUCUGUUGCCCACCGCCGCUGUUUCAUUGCUUCGGCGGGAUAUUAGGCUAUAUGGCGACAGCAACCCACGGCUCAGCCAUCGUCUUCCCCAGUGAAUCUUUCAAUGCCCGUGCUGCAUUAGAGGCUGUCCAAGAAGAGAAAUGUACUGCGCUGCACGGUGUACCGACAAUGUUCCUCGAGGAGCUGAGCAUGAUCGAGAUGGGAGAAAUCUCAAACGAGGGAUUCCAGCAUCUUCGCACGGGCAUCGCUGCUGGAAGCAGUAUUCCUUCCGAGAUAAUGAAAAAGCUGCACAAGGUACUGAAUCUGACCGAAUUGACAAUCUGUUAUGGAAUGACGGAAACAAGCCCCGUCUCGGCCAUGACAACGACAGACGAUCCCAUUGAUAAGCGGAUCUACUCUGUCGGAAAGCUCAUGCCACAUGUCGAGGCAAAGAUCGUGGACCCCGUGGACAAGAAAAAUAUCCUACCUAUAGAGAGACGGGGUGAGUUGGCAGUGAGUGGGUACCUGCUGAUGAAAGAAUACUGGGCCGAUCCAGAAAAGACUGCGGAGGUGAUGAUUCCAGAUGACUCUGGCAAGGUAUGGAUGCAUACUGGAGAUGAAGCUUCUAUGUCACCAGAUGGAUAUAUCACUAUCACUGGGCGGAUCAAAGAUCUGAUCAUCCGCGGUGGCGAAAAUAUACACCCCCUAGAGAUCGAAAAUUGCCUGUUAGCCAAUGAUGGCGUUGCAGAUGUGUCUGUCGUCGGUAUCCCGGACGUGAGAUAUGGCGAGGCAGUGGCUGCUUUCGUUGUUCCUCGGGACCAUGACUCAAAAACACUUACUGCUGAGGAUAUUCAGCAAUGGGUGCGUGAAAAGCUUAGCAACCAUCUUAUUCCGAAGCAUGUCUUCUUUUUGGGCCCCUUGGAGCCUUUCCCCAAGACAGCAAGUGGAAAAAUCCAGAAGUUCAAGCUCAGGGAGAAGGCCAUUGCACUUUUGGCCAAAAGCGCUGCAUGA